GCCUGUGGCGCGGUUCUCUUUUGGGUCGAGCUUGCAGGUCUCCGGAGGAGGCUGCACCGGCAAUGGGCGGGGUUUCGGUAGCCCAUCUUGUUGGGUGAUGCGCUCGUGCUUCGCGGCUGGAUGAGGCGGAUACGAUCUGGAUAGGGUAAGAAUUUUUUGAAGAAUUCACUAUGGUCCGAGAACGAAAAUGUAUAUUGUGUCAUAUCGUAUACAGCUCAAAAAAGGAGAUGGAUGAGCACAUGAGAAGUAUGCUUCAUCAUCGGGAACUUGAAAAUCUCAAGGGGAGGGACAGCAAUCAUGAGUGCCAAGUGUGUAGGGUGACCGUGGUGGGCUUGUCAGCAUAUGCCAAGCACAUCUCCAGCCAGUUGCACAAAGACGGCGUUGAAGGCCACGAUGCCGAGGAAGAGAAAGAAAAGACUGAUGAAGAAUACUUUGACAAGGAACUUAUCCAAUUAAUACAGCAAAGAAAUGAACAAAACCGGACAAGUGAAUUUUGUCACAUAAACAGUGAAGCAGAAGGUGAUGACAGGAGAUUGCGAAGGCGACAAAAUGACAGACUCUCUUAUCAAGACCGAGAUCAUUAUGAAACAACAUCAAGGAGGCAUCAUGGACCAUCACAGAGGGACUGGAACUGGGAAAAGGAUAGUUUCUUAAAUUCAAAGCAAGGAAAAUUCAUCCACUCUUCAAGGAAUUCUACUAACUCAAACAGACAUCCCAGCAGCCAAAGAGGACGACUUGGGUGGCAUCAAAAUGGUUCCAGAGGACCUCCAAGUCGAUAUUAUAACUAUGGAAGCACUGGAGGUAUUUGGCAUCAGAAUGAUAGAGGUGCAAUAUCAGGUUGGCAUCAUCAUGAUAGAGGAAGAAAUUCAAACUGGAGUUCUGAAACAAAUAAUGAAUUUACCAGCUGGCAAUCCAAAAAUGUAGGGGGGCACCGGAAAUCUGCUCAACAAAAUGGAAAUGGAUGGAACAGUGGAAGAAAUAGAGCUGUCAACAGUAGUUCUCAGUUAGACAACAUGGAUACUUCCUGGUUAAAAAUAAAUAGUGUAGAGGAUAAAUACAGCAGUGAAAAUUAUACAUGGCAAUGGCAGGAAUGUGUGGAAAAUUAUACCAGUGUUGAUAAUAAAAAUGGCACUCCUGAUUGCUUAUUAGAUUUCACAAGUGACCAGCUACCUUCAGAUCAAUUGCUAAAUUUUAGUGUUUCUAAGCACUCAGAGAGUAAGAAUCCCAAAGUCAGUAGAAAAUGCAGUAGUCCUUCUCGAGAUAAGACUAACCGAUGGGCUCCUUAUCCUUCCCAGAAAACUGUAGAGCAGCAGCCGCUGUCUGACGAGAAUGUAGCUAAAACAUCAGAGAAAGCAUUGUCUCAGCUGUCUUCAGAAACAGCAGAUCCUAAAACCGGCAACUCUAAAGUGAGAAAACGGGAAGAGAGUUAUUCAGUAUCUUCAACUAACACUAAGGCAUCCCCUAAAGUUGCACCAUGCAAAGUGCCAGUGGUCUGCACAAGUGAGAACAAGUCAAGUAAAGCUGAAAGCAAAAAUAGAAAGAUGCCCUCCUUGAAGUCCCCACUUCUAGCUAUUCCAGAUAUUAAAUCCUCUUCUAAAAGAAGAAAUUCAAAGAAUCUCUUAAAACAUGCCCAUGUCUCCUCAUCUUCUGGGGAAGUCCAAAGUCAACUGAGUAUAGAGGCUAGCAAUUCCUCAAAUAAAUCCAAGCUGAACAAUAAUGCAUGUAACUAUAUCAGUUUAAAAAGGAACACACCUCUAUUUAGCAGCAAUGAAAGUUUAAACAAAGGAUUAGAAAAGGCCAAAGAUGAACUCCAGCAUAGUUAUUCUUUUCAGAAGCACCAGUCAAGCUCCAGUGGAGAUGCUCAGAGUGAUGGGAAAGAAGAACAGAAAACUGAAGACUCUUCACAUGAUUUGAAGAUACAUGAAGUCCAGACCGAAAGAGUAGAGAACAAGAACCAUGAUAAUAAACCAGGAAGCAUAAAUAUUUCCUCAAAUUCUUAUUCAUCUUAUGGCAUUGCUGAACUUGAUCACAUUGCAGCUAAAAGUGAUAACUAUUUAGAUGAAUUGAGUGGUGCUAAUAAAAAACACAUUGAACUCCAAAAGGAGACCCCAGACUCUUUGUCAAACUAUCCCUGUGAGUUAGAUAUUGAACUGAAAACUCUGGAAGAAGAUGGGGCUGAAGAUGUUAUAAAAUCAAAUGAUGCUCUCGAAAAAGAAGAUGGUGGAGAUAAUUCAAAUCAUGAGCUGCUGAAAGGUAUUACAGGCCCGCUUCUUCCUGAAUUGAGUAAACUUGGAUUCCCAGCUUCUCUCCAAAGAGACCUGACAUGGCGCACUAGCUUAAAAAAUAAAAUCAGCGCUCAUUUGCCUGAGCCAAAUCUCAAUAAUGCAAGGCGCAUUCGAAAUGUGAGUGGUCACCGAAAGAAUGAGACAGAAAAGGAGUCUGGACUGAAACCUACCUUGAGGCAGAUUAUCAGUGCGUCUCGUAGAAAUGUAAACUGGGAACAGGUUAUUCAGCAGGUGUCAAAGAAAAAACAAGAACAAGGCAAAGGUUUACCAAGGUUUGGCAUUGAGAUGGUUCCUCUCAUCCAGAAUGAACAAGAAGGCCUUGAGUUGGAUGAAGACGUUGACCUUACCAGUCUUGAAGGAUUCCAGUGGGAAGGGAUAUCUAUAGGUUCCCCAGGAACGGUUAGGAAACGUAGCCUCUCGGAAAGCAGCGUGGCUGUUGAUAAGACAGCCUCCAUUUACAGCUUCUUUAAUAAUCAAGGCACAAGUAAAGAAGACAAGCUGAAAAAAACUGGUUCAGCUGCUAGCUCUGAGGAGAUAACAAGCAGAAUUCAGAUGUUAGAAGAUACUGUGGUUACCGUGAAACAGGAGUCAUCUUCUCUUCCUUCCUCCCCAUUCAAGAGCGACAGAACUGAUUUAAUUUCAAGUGAAAGAAAACUCAGCCUCCAGUCUAGCCCAAAUGUCGCAAUCUUUAGUGCACGCGAAGUCCAGAGAAGCCCUGACUGUAGCAUUCAUCCAUCCGAAAAGAAAGGAACAUUGGAGAGUGCAGAAGAACAUUCCAUCCUGAUUUCCGGCUUUGCAGACCUCAGCGCUCUGGAUGCAGCUACCGAUAGCAGCUAUACAUCAAGCAAUGAGCAGAAUGAUAGCCAGGGAAUGGGAAAGAAAAGAAGAGCAACAGGAGAGGGUUCCUGUCCUGAAAUCCCAAGUUUAGAAAGAAAGACUAAACGAAGGAAGCUCAAAGGAAAAAAAGAGCGUUCUCAGGUGGAUCAGUUGUUGGUUAUUUCCCUGAGAGAGGAAGAAUUAAGCAAAUCUUUACCGUGCGUAGAUGAAAGCCUCCUGCAGGCGCGAUCAGCUCUGCAAGCAGCUUAUAUCGAAGUCCAACGAUUACUUGUAUUGAAACAGCAGAUAUCAGUAGAAAUGGGAUCUCUGAGGGCCCAGAGGAUUCAGAUCCUGCAGGGGUUACAAGAAACUUACGAGCCUUCAGAACAAUUGCAAUUGCAACAGUCACAUCACAGCAGCUCAAGUGAAAAAAGCCUUGGCAAGCUCCAUUUGACACAGGACCCUACUGCUAAUGCAGGUCUUCUUGGUCCUCUUCUGGAUGCUGUUCCACCUAUCUCUGCACAGAUCCCUCCUCUUUUUGCAGCCCCUGCUCAAGAAAAGGCUGAACCUACAUUCCAGACUGCUGGUGACAUUGCCCCCAUCACAGUCCCCGAUUCAUCCAUACAAAUCAAGCAGGAAGCUGUGUCUCCAAAGCUUAGAGAAGACUGCAUGAACGUUCCUGAACAGAGUACUUCACGUUCCCCACAAGCAGAACUUCACUUGCAGGAUAGAAAUACAAGUCAACAGCCUUCACGGUAUCCAGUUAUCGCUGCUAGUAUGUCAUUGUUGGAACUUAUUGAUUUCCAAGAAGCAAAUCAAGAUAUUCAGAAAUCUAUUCCAAAUAUGAUGGGGACAAGGUUAUCUGGCCAUUCUUCCCCUACUAAUUCAGGAUCAGUAUCUUCUGUGAAAACCCAAGGCAAGAUAACUCCGGCAGGCAAUACCAUAUCUGAACCAUGCACUGGCUCAUUUGAAAGCCAGUCAUUUACUUCCGAACUUGCUGCAAAUGAAAAUAAUAAGCAGUCAAAUGAGCAGCCUGAGCAGAUGGCCAUCUCUACUAUGGUCACCACAGAAUUCAAACUAAGCAAGAAGAAGAAAAAGUUGAAAAAAAAGAAAGCAUUCCGAGCAGCCCGUGUUCCUGAGAACAGUGAUACAGAACAGGACGUGAGCGAUUCAAAACCAAUUAGGAAAGUAAAGGCUGUAAAGAUACCCAAAGGGGAAAAAGUAACAACAUCCACCCCUCCAAAGCAAGAGGAUGGUGUGGCAGCUCAGGAAAGAAAGAGGAAGAAAGAGGAGAAUGAUAGUGACACAUCUCUUGAAUUUGUAGAAGUCCCUAAAUCUCCUCUGGAAGUGGUGGCCAUCAACUCAUCGGAAUCAGAAAGUGAGAAACCAGACAGCCCUUCUAAGAGAGAUACCUUGAGCUCCACAGAUAAACAGUUGAGAGAGCCAUCUCGGUCGGGCUACGAUGAAGUGAGCUCUACUAGUGAGAUUGGAGUAAACUAUAAAGAUGAUAUUGGUAGAAGUGUGGCUGAGACUCAGACACGUUUAUCGUCAUUACAAGGAUCAAAAACCUCAUCAGAGGUGUCUUCAGAGCCAGGUGAAGAUGAGGAUCCCACAGAAGGGAUAUUUGAGGGGCAUUCAGCAUCAGUGAAUGCCAUUCAGAUUUUUGGGAACGUGUUGUACACCUGCUCAGCAGACAAAACUGUCCGUGCAUAUAACUUAGUGAACAGGAAAUGUGUGGGUGUCUUUGAAGGGCACGCUUCCAAAGUCAACUGCCUCCUGAUAAUUCAGACAACAGGGAAAAAUGCAGCACUCUAUUCUGGCUCCAGUGAUCACAAUAUAAAUUGCUAUAACGUCAAGACAAGAGAACGUAUUGAUCAGUUUAAACUGGAUGACCGUGUGCUUUGCCUGCACAGUAGAUGGAGGAUCCUUUAUGCCGGCCUUGCAAAUGGAAAUGUGGUCACUUUUAAUAUAAAGAACAACCGACAACUUGAUACCUUUGAGUGUCAUGGUCCUAGGGCGAUUAGCUGCCUGGCUACAGCUCAAGAAGGGGCACGACGACUACUGAUUGUGGGAUCCUAUGAUUGUACAAUUAGUGUGCGAGAUGCCCGAAAUGGAUUGCUGCUCCGAACUCUUGAAGGUCAUAGCAAAACAGUACUGUGUAUGAAGGUUGUGAAUGAUCUGGUCUUCAGUGGUUCCAGUGACCAAUCUGUCCAUGCCCAUAACAUACAUACUGGGGAGCUGGUACGGAUAUAUAAGGGGCAUAACCAUGCAGUAACUGUUGUGAACAUCCUGGGAAAAGUGAUGGUAACAGCCUGUUUAGACAAGUGUGUUCGAGUAUAUGAGUUACAGUCUCACGAUCGUUUACAAGUCUAUGGAGGACAUUCGGAUAUGAUUAUGUGCAUGACCAUUCAUAAGAGCAUGAUCUACACAGGUUGCUAUGAUGGUAGUAUCCAAGCAGUGCGGCUUAACCUGAUGCAGAACUAUCGUUGUUGGUGGCAUGGAUGUUCACUUAUAUUUGGAGUUGUGGACCACUUGAAACAGCAUUUGUUAAAUGACCACACAAAUCCGAAUUUUCAAACUCUAAAAUGCCGCUGGAAGAAUUGUGAUGCAUUCUUCACCUCCAGGAAAAGUUCCAAACAGGAUGCAGUGGGACAUAUUGAGAAGCAUGCAGAGGAUGAUAGCAAGAUUGACUCAUGACAUUUUUCAGCCUCCCAUAUUGGGAAGUAUUUUUGAUACACAAAUAAUUUUACAUGCCUUGUCCAUCCACCUCAUUCUUUUCUUUUUCCUCCUGUUCAUCAUUGGAGUGCAAAAAGAACACAUGCCUUUUUCUGUUUUGUCUACAGAGACAGGAUCUAUUCGCAGCUCUGUAGAGGAAGGAAUGACAGACUCAUGCCAAAUAACUGUUUAUACCAUUCACUUAUUAGGGGAAAAAAUCUACCCUCUUAUUUACAUUGGGCAAAUAAGUGCAGUGUGCUUAUCUAUUACUUGGUAUUCAGAGUAAUGUUUUCUACUUAAUUUGGGGCCCUACAUAUAAGUGUUUUAACCAUCAGUUUUCAUGUUAUAUGUAGGAUCCUCUGUUAAUGUAUGUUUCUGGUUUUGGAUUAUUUUAAUGUUAAAUCAAAACAUUAUUGAACUCAGGCUAGAAAUACCACCUGAUUGUUGAAUUCCUUAUUUUUUUUUCUUACUGAAGUUUUUGAGAUAUUUUGCCGUGGGAAUGAACAAUUGGCUCACUGUUUGAGUUACUUUAUAUUGUGGCUUCAGUUUAAAAUGUGAAAUCUACACAAUUAAUCACAAUUGUACUUGACUUUAUGGAUAUGCUUUGGCCCCAAAGAAACUUAGGGUGGCAAAGAACAUACUGUUAAGACAGCAGAAUACCUGUUUCUUAAACAUAUUAUUAUUUCCCAGUUAUCUUAAGAGUUCCAGGCACCACAGUACAAACACCAGUAAAUAUAACUUAUAUUAAACAUUUUUGGUUAGGUUUAUACCCAGUGCUCUCUUGCCACAAUAUUGGGACUGUGUUUUUGAUUCUGAGAAUUUUAAGUUAUGACCAUUCUGGCAUUUGAAGUAAGUGAACUUUUACAUAUUUUUACUUGCUUCAUCUAGCUAAGCCUGUGAGAAUCCCGUAUUUUUGAUAACCAUCUUGUUUCACAGCAACUGACUAAAUUUCAGUUCCUGUAAUUGCAAGUUAAAAAGCUGUUGGGCACAAACUAGAAAGAUUUAAAACCUAAGCAGAAGCUGAGAAUUUUGCAUGUAUUUUGUGCUGUCAUUUAAGGGAACAAAACCAAGCGGCGUGACAAAUUGAAAGAAAAAUAGCAUAUGUGUUUGUGAAAGAAAUGUGUAUGUGGUCAUUGCUGUCUGGGAAAGUUUUGGUGCUGCAAUUUGCAGUAUUCAGAAAGUGGUCCCCUAUUUAGAUUUAAUCUGCUGUUUGUGACAUCAGUUCUGUUUUUUUGUCCACAGAAAAGCUAAAAAUCUCAUUAUUAGUCUAGCAGUAUCUGACUGUGAGCUUAACUACACCAGACAAUAUAUGCAUAGAAAAAGAACAAAUGGUAUUGUAAUCAACCUUUAAAAAUAAAAGGUAAUUAAUGUAUAACUUAGUGACUUCAACAACUGGAAGAACAAACCAGUUGGAAGUUGCUCUAUAUGAUAACUCUGAUAGCUUGAAGAUAUUUUGAUUCUGGUCCCAUCUUUUGACCUUUUGCCAUGUUCAGAAAUAAUGAACAAUUCACUGGUUAUCUUCUAUUGUUAAAACAUCUUCUGUAGCCUUUGUGUGAUUUCUGGGCAACAGUGGCUCCUCUUUUCAUGACAUUGUUGGCAGCUGAAAUCAAACAGGCUGAAGGAAACCCUUAAAUGCUUAUUUGAAAGGCUGCAAAAACUUCCAUUUUGUAGACAGCCGAAUAUUGAAUGACAUUUUAAAAUAUAGCUCAUUCUUAAUUGAAUGUGUUUGAAGUUAAAUUACAGAGGUAGGAGGUAUUUUUGUGAAGAAAAAUAUAUGGACUGCGUUAUUAGUGAUGUGAAUGGGUGAACUUUAAUUUUGCAUCCUCUUCAAGGAUUUUAAUUUUUCAGUAUUUUAACUGGAAGAGGAUGGUGCCUUGAUAUGCAAUAAUUUAAAUGUCUUGACAUCAGUAAUUGGAAGUGAUUUAUAAUUUGGACUACUUAUUAGUGUAUUUUACUGUUUAGGACUGUAUGUAUGUUUGGGUGUGUGCGCAUGCACAUUUAAGAUGGGUGUGUUUUGGGAUGCUUUCAUAAUUUGUAUUAAAACUUGUUCAGCAAUAAAAGUGUGGCCAAGUUUUAUUAUUAGUUUGUUCUAUAAUAUAUGUUUUUCUUAAUGAGAAGAAUCAUUGCAAAUGGGGCUACAUGCACAUAACUUAGAAAGUUAAACUCCUUCUUCUGUGUGUUGUGCUGAAGCUCCGCAGUUCUCUCAUGUGGAAUGUGAAAUGUUGUUCUCUUGCGAUUCAGUUUAUUUGUUUGGUUUGAGGUUGUUUUCUGAAUUUAUACCUCUUUAGUUGGAAAUGUAAGCAUGCUCCUUUAGGUUGCUCUAGAAAUCUUGGUGCAAAGAGGGCAAAAUGGAGUUUGCUGAUUAUUGAUAGAAUGGUAAGGCAGAUGCAUCAAGAUUGCGUACUUUGAAGAUAGUCACAUUUUGGGAGGUUGCAGGUUUUUGUCUUAUUUCCACAAAUAUAUUAACUUUAUCUUUAGAAGAUAUUUAUUUUGAAAGAAAGGAGAUAGAACUGAAGUUGCCAGAGUGAAUCGCAGAGUGGAUUAAUGAAAUGUGUGGGAAGUGUUUAGUUUUGCGUGCUGGCUGAUGUCCGAGUAAGUUGUUGCAGGUUACAUAUGCAAUGUAUUUGGACUGCAUGCCAACAUAUUUCCUCAGUAUAAGAGGUGUGCGUUUUUAAAAUGCCAUUAAGUUUUGUGUGUGUGAGUGGUGAAUAUGUUUCUUUACAUUAAUGGUUCUGCUGUGGAGGACUGCUGUAUUUAUCAGCUGCCGUAGAAUUCAGGUAUUUGGCUGGUUGCAUUUUUGUCCCACUAAAUAACAGAACACUUGCAAGUAUCCCAGCUUCUAUUUGCCCUUUGAGACACUACCUGGACUACGGUGGAUUGAAACAUAAAAGCUACAACAUUGUAAUAACAUUGUAUUACAACAUUGUAAUAAAGUGGCAAAGCACUCACCUUAAAAAAUCUGGACUGCAUCCUAAUGACAUUAGAUAUAAAAUAUCUAACAUGACAUUUUAUCUUCUUUUUAAAUGCAAGUUGGGGAUAUGUGUUUCAUAGUGCAAAUAUGUUCAAAGACAGAUACAUUAAGAAUUAAUAUUCAGGCAGCCAUCAGCUAACUUGCUCUAAACACUGAGUUUCCUAGAUAAUCUAUAGUUGUGAGGAAUGGUUUCCACAGAACAUAUAAGCAAGUACUCCACAUAGUACUGUGCAUGAAUACAGUUAGAAGGUCUAAAGCAACACACCAUAUAAGGCAUGAACAGUUUCCUGUAAUUGCAGAAAUAUCAGGUGGGAAAAUAGCAUACCUACUAUGCUGUAACUGUUUAACAUCUUUUCUCUGUUUGUUUCAGUGAAUGAUUUAGUCUUUCCUUUUUUGCUACAAAGCUGUGAAUUAGAUAAGAUAAACAGCAAAAAGAAAACAAAAUAAAAUUACUUUAUCCCAAGA